AUGACCUGGCCAAUUAUUCUAAUUCAGAACUUCAUCCAGCGCCAUAUGGGUCGCCAAUUCCUAGAGCCUCCGGCCUUUGAUCUGGCAGGCAGUUACGAGGACUCCAACUGCUGUACUCCUCUCAUUUUCGUCCUUUCACCGGGUGCAGACCCACUGAAUGCGUUGAUGCGUUUCGGAGGGGACCGCGGCAUCCGACCAACAGACAUUCAAACAAUUUCUUUGGGACAGGGUCAGGGGCCCCUAGCAGAGCGGCUCAUCAACAAUGGUAUUACAGAGGGGGCUUGGGUAGUGCUGCAGAACUGCCAUUUGGCAGCUAGUUGGAUGCCGUACCUAGAGAAGAUCUGCAAUGAAGUCAUUGUGCCAGAAAAGACUCACAGUGAUUUUCGUCUGUGGCUCACGUCAUACCCCUCUGAGGACUUUCCUGUCUCUAUUCUCCAAAAUGGCAUAAAAAUGACGAAUGAGCCACCGAAAGGUCUUCGCUCUAAUCUUCUACGCUCCUAUUCUACUGACCCGAUUUCUGACAUGUCUUUCUGGAAUAACUGUAACAAGCCUCAAGUAUGGCACAAAAUGGUGUAUGGUCUGUGCUUCUUCCACGCUCUCGUCCAAGAACGCAUCAAAUACGGUUCUCUUGGAUGGAAUAUCGCCUACCAAUUCAAUGACUCGGAUCUGCGCAUCAGUGUCCGACAACUUCAG